AUGACCCGACCAACCAAACCAACCCCCCAACCCGACCCCCUCGACCCAAUCUCCGAAUGGCGCGCCUGGCAAACCCUCACAAUCAUCUACACAAUCCUCAUAAACCGCCAAAUCCGGCGGCGCUGGCUCCUCGAACAAAAAUGCAUGCAAGACCGCCCUCUAUCCGAACGCUUCCGCCCAGUAAUCUUCCUCGAAGCAAUCCCAACCCUCCAAAAGCCCUCUCCAGCACUCGCCUCCAGCCCCCUCAACGCCCGACCCAUGGCCGCGCUGCGCGAGAGAACAGCCCUCCUCCGCGCGCGCGUCGAGAAGGGCAAGGAACUCGCCACCGAGAUCGAGCGGCGCAUGGUCGCGACGCCGGUGAUUCGCUUUCCGACGCACUUCUGCCAUACCUGCGUGCAGGACGGCGAGAGGGUAGAGGUCCUAUUGACGAAGUGCGGGCAUCGGUCUAUCGGAACCUUGAAUGACUAG